AUGUCAUCAAACCCAACCCCAACCAUAUCAAGUUCAUUAACCAAUCCACUCUUACUACCAACGACUCCAAACCUACAAAAAAAACCAACCAUAAACGAUCCAACACCACCCAAACUAAUAGUAGUUCUAAGUCAAGCAUGUUUAGAAAACUAUGCCCAAAACCUUAAUCAUUCAAAUUCGAAUUCGAAAGCCAAAAAAGAAAUCAAAUAUUCUUUAUUGAAUUGUGAUGAUCAUCAAAACGUAUUAAGUAAAUUAGGAAAAGAUAUCUCAACAGCUAGACCUGAUAUAACUCAUCAAUGUUUACUUACUUUACUUGAUUCUCCAGUUAAUAGAGCUGGUAGAUUACAAGUUUAUAUCCAAACGGCUAAAGGCGUUUUAAUUGAAAUCCAUCCAACCGUUCGAAUUCCAAGAACUUUUAAACGAUUUAGUGGUUUAAUGGUUCAAUUACUUCAUCAAUUAUCAAUUCGUUCUACAACAGGUAAAGAAAAACUACUAAAAGUCAUCAAAAAUCCAAUCACAGAUCACCUACCACCCAACUCACACAAAAUCACUCUUUCCUUCGAUGCAAAACCCGUAAAACUUUCAACAUAUAUUCCUGCUUUACCAUCUGAUCAAAACUUGGUGGUUUUUGUAGGUGCAAUGGCUCAUGGAGCUGACGAUUUUGCUGAUCAUAUAGUGGAUGAAAAAAUAGCUAUUAGUCAAUACAGUCUUUCAGCAUCAGUUGCAUGUGGAAAGUUUUGUUGUGCAGUUGAAGAUCAUUGGGAUAUCCUUUAA